AUGCUUCCGUCGUUCAUGGCCAAGUUGUUUUGGAAAAGGAUGGGCGAGGUGGCGGAGGGAGUAGGAGUAGGAGGGGGUGCCGAACACGAGAGAGGGGGUGAGGGGACGGCACGUGUCCUCCUUGAGUAUGAAUACGAGGAGGAGGAGGAGAUCGAGGAGGAUACAUCGAGGCAAGCUCAGCACGGGGUGAGCGGCCCGGGCGGCAAUGAGAACGAGCACGAGGGCUCGAGCUCCGGCUCGAGCUCGAGCAAUGAGUUGGUCGAGCACGACGGCGAGGGCGCAGGAGAACAUCCAGGUGGGACGGAGCGUAUGGAGGAGCACGAAGUGGCGCUCGGGGAGCGGGUGGACGCGCGGGUGAAGCAUAUGGAGCAGGAUUCGACGUUUGACAAUGGGGCUGUCGAGGAACAGGAGGGCGGAGCGGCUGCGCAGGAGGGUGGGGCAGGAGUGCAGCAGCAGGAGGGCGGGGCGGCUCAGCAGGAGGGUGUGGCGGCUGCGCAUGAGGGUGGGGCGGGAGGGCAGGAGCAGGAGGGCGGGGAGGCUACGCAGAAAUGUCAUCGAGGAGAUGAGCGACAUGUCACAGUAAGACGGAGACACCGCACGGCCAGUGGCAGCGGACAGGUGGGCCCUUCGACGGCAGGCCAUUCGACAUCGACCAUUGCAUCCGGAGGCCAGGUCGUCGAGCUAAUGCAGAGGGUCGUGGAGGUCAAGGCGCCGCAGAAGAAGCUCGUCGCCGACGUAUUUGCGAAGCACAGUGAGCAAGCCGCUGUUUUCAACAAGCUUGCUAGGGAAAUUCGGACGGCCUGGAGUAUGAUUUCGGAGUCGUCGAAGAGCACGCUGAAGCAGUGCGACGAUGCCGUAAACGAUGUCAUGGAGGAGAGGAAGUUGUUGGAAGGGGCGCGCAUGAAGCUCGACGAGAUGAGCGAGAAAAUCAUCGAGGGGGUGGCAGCCGCUAUCACAAAAGCGAGCGAGGACAUCGUCGAGAAGCAGCUCAAGCUUGUCGAGGAGCGGUUGGUUGCUUCGGUCGUGAAGGGUAUUGACAAAGCCAUCAAGGAGGACUUGUUCUACUCCACCCUCCCGCCCGAGAGCAUGAAGGAGCUGAAGGACGUUCCCGGUAGCAUCCCCACCGUCGCAUGCCCGUCAUCCCGCGCCAAGUCCGUCGAGGACAACGAGGUCAUGGUACUCGACCAGUCGCCCCUUCAGAAGGCCUCCGAAGCGGCACCGAAGCCUCCGCCUGAUGCCUUUUCUCCGCUGCGGGACAUGCUGCAGGGCCUUGGGAAAAAGGGUGGGAAAGGAGUGGUUGCGGGGGAGAAAAGUGGUGCCCCAAUCGAAUCCGUCGCCUCAGCCGGAGGAGCCGUGGAAAAGCGAGGUGCUUCUACCCCGUCCGGCGGCGCUGCGGGGAAAGAGCGGGGGAGAAACGAAGUGCUCCCAGCCAGGUCAUCGUCGCUGCUGGGUUGCUGUCGAAGACAAAGGCCGACUCAGCUGCGCAGCUUGGUAUUGUUGGCCGUCCUGUCGAGCAUGUGGGAAAGAGGCCGUCAUCCGUGCUAG